AUGGCGGCGCGGACCGGAAGUUACCAUAGAGACGCCGAGGGCUCGUUAAGCGCAACGGGAGCCGCCGCUCAAAACGUGUCCACUCUGUGCCGGACGAUGCCCCCGCCGGUCCGGCCGCGUCCGGCCGAGCGCGUCCGGCAGCGCUGGCGGCGCCUGCGGCGGGCGGCGCGGGCGCUGGUGCUGGAGAACGCGGCGCUGUGCGACGAGCUGGCGCGGCUCGAGGCCAAGUGGGCGCUGGCGCGGGGGCAGCGGCGAUUCCUGCUCGGCCGCCUGCUCGGACACCGCGGCGGUCACUCCAUGGUUCCGGCCACCGAGGUCACGGCGGAGGUCAAGCGGCCAAAGAGGGCGCGGCCGGGCGGGGGGAGGGGCCGCGGAGGGAGGGGCGGGGCCAGGGAGGAGCAGUGGUCAGCGGGGGAGAGGAGUGACCAGUGGUCAGCUGGGGAGAAGGGUGAGCAGUGGUCAGCGGGGGAGAGGAGUGACCAGUGGUCAGCAAACUCAAAGAGUGACCAAUGGUCAGCAAGCUCGAAAAAUGAGCAGUGGUCAUCAAGCUCCAAGAGUGACCAGUGGUCAGCAGGAUCGAAGAGUGACCAGUGGUCAUCAAGCUCCAAAAAUGAGCAGUGGUCAGCAGGAUCGAAGAGUGACCAGUGGUCAGCAAGCUCCAAAAAUGACCAGUGGUCAGCAGGAUCGAAGAGUGACCAGUGGUCAGCAGGGCCCAAGGAUGACCAGUGGUCAGUGGCCGUGAAGAAGGAGCAGUGGUCACCCGGAUCGAAGAGUGACCAGUGGUCAGCAAGCUCAAAAAAUGACCAGUGGUCAUCAGGGUCGAAGAGUGACCAGUGGUCAGCAGGGUCGAAGAGUGACCAGUGGUCAGCUGGAGGAGGAGCUGGGAUCAAGGACGAGCAGUGGUCAGUGGGGCCGAAGAGUGACCAGUGGUCAGCAGGGCCCAAGGAUGACCAGUGGUCAGCGGAGGUCAAGCAGGAGCAGUGGUCACCAGACUCCAAGAGUGACCAGUGGUCAGCGGGGGUGAAGAUCGAGCAGUGGUCACCCAGCUCCAAGAAUGACCAGUGGUCAGCGGAGGUGAAGAGUGACCAGUGGUCAGCGGAGGUCAAGCAGGAGCAGUGGUCACCCGGCUCCAAGAGUGACCAGUGGUCAGCGGGGCCCAAGGAUGACCAGUGGUCAGCGGAGGUGAAGAUCGAGCAGUGGUCACCCGGCUCCAAGGAUGACCAGUGGUCAGCGGAGGUUAAAAAUGACCAGUGGUCAGUCGACUCCAAGAGUGACCAGUGGUCAUCCGGGCUCCGGCCGGGAGAUGACCACAGGCCCGAGGGCGGCGCUGACCGCUCGGGGCGGCCGGAGGAGGAGGAGGAGGACGAGGAUGACCACGAGGAUGACCACGAGGAUGACCACGAGGAUGAGGAUGAGGAUGAGGAGGAUGAGGAGGACGAAGGCCCCGCUCCGGCCUUUGGCUACUCCGGCCUCUUCCUGGGCAGCCCGGCCGGCUCGGACGAGUGACCACCAAUAAAUGACCGCUGGCCGGAGCGGCCGGAGGGCUUUGGUCAGUUUGUGGUGGA